AUGUUGUUUUUAACAGUUUUGUUGUCAUCAAUGGUUCUUUCAAAUCAUGGUUAUCUUCUUUGCUAUGAUUGUGUGUCAACACAUCCAGGUUGUGGUACACCAUUUAAAUGGCUUUGGUAUAAGUCUGUUUCAUGUCCUGAAGAAGAUGAUAUAUGUGUUAAAGUUAUUGAAAGAAAUGGAGCUGAUGAAAUUAUAACUCGAGGUUGUUUAAGUUCUUUAAAAGGUUUUCGUACAGAUAUUCCUGCCGAUAAGUAUGAAGGUUGUAGGAAAAGUGCAACUGAUAUAAAAUUAGGACAUUAUAGAUCAUUUUUCAUCAACUACAUGGUGCUUUUGCUAUUUUGA